AUCAAUUUCAUUUGAGUUUUGAAAAUUAAACUGGCAGCUCGAGUUUCAUUAGACUCGCUCGAGGCUGCGGCUAGGGGAAGCACACGCAUCUCGUUAAUCCUACGCGCGAAGAUGGAAGUAGUUGCUCCACAUGCAAGUGUGAUUGUACCUGAAGUUCUUAAAAGAAACAACUACAAAAGGUGGAGCAUUUUCAUGCAGGACUAUUUAAUGAGUCAAGAUCUUGGGGAUGUCGUUGAAUUAAGCCAGUUGCCUGCAGAAGGAAAUAUGGGGAGAGAGUGGAUUAAAAAGAAUGCUUUAGCUCUGCAUGCCAUUAAGAUUUCAUGCGGAGAAGAAAUGUUUGAUCAAAUAAAGGAAAUGAAUUCUGCUAAAGAUGUUUGGUAUGCAUUGGCCGAUAUGCAUAAACCCGCAGAUCAGGACAUUGUUGAGCACCCCCUAGCAAAGCGAACAGGGCCUGGAAAUCUUGCAGGUUCGCAAUAUGAGACCUUAAUUAAAGCCAUUUCUGAUGGAGAGCUGUCGAAAGUAAAGAAGUUCUUUAGAGAAAAUUCGAAUGCAAUAUCUGCAGAAAUAUCUGAACAUGGGUACACAGCUCUUCAUCUUGCAGUUUAUAAUGGGCAGGAAGAAAUUGUUAAGUACUUGAUCGAGUCCAACUUGUCACUAGAAGAGUUGGAAAUAAAAGAUAGAUUUGGUAGUACGGCACUUUCCAUUGCUGCUCGUUACGGAAUCGGAGAAUCAAUUGCACAAAAAUUAGUUAGAAAGAACCAAAAUUUGCUUACCAUCCCAGACAACGAAGGAAAGAUCCCAGUCCAUUUGGCCUGCAACACAAUUCAAGAGAAAAUGAUAGGUUAUCUAUACCGUGAGACUCCACUAGAGUCUCUAAAGGAAGACCGUGGCUUCUACAUCCUCCAAGAGUGUAUAACUAAGAAAAUGUUUGGCAUAAGCGUGAAGACAUACCCCAUCAAAGGAGCGAAGCGUCGAACAUUGGAGCAGGAUAUCGAAGACAACGUCGAAGACUUCUAUCGGUCAUGUUUGGCCAUCUUCUUGGCAUACGCAAUCACUAUUUCAAUCGUACUGUGCCUUGGUAUGCUGAUCCUUGUGGCGCUAGGCACGCUGGUUUCAAUGCUCUCUAGGGCCUCUGAAACACAUUUAUAUCAGCUAAAGUUGAUGGAUGAGUAUGCCCGUGAGGUUAUACAUUUGAUAUGUCAUGAGUCAUUUUCAAAAUUAGAUGAGAUCCAGUUUGUGCAAAGUAAAGCACUGGAAGCAACCUUCCAGGCUAUCAAGAAUGGCAACCCAGACAUUGUGAAAGAAAUUAUAAAAGCUAAUGCAAAUAACGAAUUAUGGUGCAACAAAGAUCCUGAAGAUCCAUCAAGAAACAUAUUUGCUUGUGCUAUAGCACAUCGUCAAGAGGAAGUGGCACACUUUCUUUAUGAAUCUCAAAAGGAGAAAAACAUGCUUUUUGCCAUCGAUGAAGAUGGAAAUAAUACAUUACAUCUCGCAGCAAAGUUAGCUCCUAACUAUAAAUCAGGUUACAUCUAUGCUGCAGCUUCACAAUUGCAAAUUGAACUACGUUGGUUCAAGGCAGUAAAAGAAAUUGUUCCACUAGCCUACAAAGAAGGCAAAAAUAAAGACAAUGAAACCCCCUCGGAAGUGUUUGUUAGAGAACACAAGGAUUUGCUAAAAGAAGCAGAAGAAUGGGUGAAGAAAACAGCAGAAUCUUCAACAGUCGUUGGUGCUCUUAUUAUUACAAUUAUGUUUGCGGUGGCUUUUUCUGUUCCUGGUGGGAAUGAUCAAAGUACAGGUUUUCCUGUAUUUUUGCACAAAACUCCGACGCCGUUUAUGAUAUUUAUUGUAUCAGAUGCAAUUUCUCUUUUUACUGCAUCCAGUUCAGUGAUAAUGUUUUUGGGGAUUCUGACUUCACAUCAUUCUGAUGAAGAUUACCGCAAAACCUUCCUCUUGAUUAUCGGCCUUACUUCACUCUUCGUCUCUAUUGCAACAAUGACCACAGCAUUUUGUGCUGCUCUUUUCAUAAUGCUACAAGGCCAAGGUGGAUUGGGGUUUGUCAUUCCUGUAACUCUGUUUGCUGGUAUUCCUAUCGUAUGCUACGUGUUGUUGCAAUUUCCUCUUCUGGUUGAGAUUAUCGGUUUGACUUUUAGCUCAAACAUCUUUGGUAAGAAGAGAAUAUCCUCGAUGAUCUGGACAGCAGAUAUGGUCAUUUGGGGGAUGAGGAACUUGAGGGGUUGACGACAGCGGUAAAAAGUUCUUGCAAUUUCUAGUGAUGCCAGUGAAUUAGCCACUUAAAUGAAUGUUGCUUUGAAUAAAUGUUUCUUUUUUUUUUUAAUACAUGCGUGUUGCUUUGAAUAAAUGAUUGGUCAUGGA